AUGGCCCUGAUAUGUGCAAUAUCAGGCAUUGUUCCCGAGAAUCCAGUACUUUCCAGGACGGGAUAUGUAUUUGAAAAGCAUUUAAUUGAGAACUAUAUACGUGACUCUGCAAGCUGCCCCGUUUCUGGCGAACCACUAACCAUUGACGACAUUACACCUAUUAAUGUGAAUAAGUUAACUAAACCGCGUUCAAUUUCAGCGACUAGCAUACCCGGUAUUUUGUCUAUGUUACAAUCUGAGUGGGAUGCUCUGGCUCUGGAGACUUUCAACCUCCGUACCCACGUAGAAGCAGUACGUAACCAACUGAGUCAUUGCCUAUACCAACACGACGCGGCCACUAGAGUGAUAUCUAGACUUAUUAAACAGAGAGAUAAAGCACUUCAAGAAGUUGAAUUAUUGCAAAAGCAAUUGUCUAACUCUACAUUGAUUGAUAAUGAACCUGGAUUGGAUGAUGAUGCUAUUGAUAGAAUAGGUUGUUUGGCAGCUGAUCUUAUGGCCCAGCGUAAAAAACGGAGUCAUGAAAAAUUUAUUUCCGCUAAUACCAUCAAAAAAUGGACAAAUACUAGGCAAUUCCGCACACAUUCAUCAACUCAGCCUGGGAUCCUUUGUAUUAGUUUGGACAAAUUCCACUACGACCCAUUCAUACCUACUAAAAAUUCAUACGUAUACACAGGAGGCAAUGAUGGAAUCGUCGUUUAUUUUGACCUUGAGCAGGAAAAGUCAAUUUCUAAGCUUUUGGGCCAUACGAAGCCCGUUAAUUGUGUAGAUUCUCACCAACAACAAUCUAUUUGCAUCAGUGGUUCUGAUGAUAAAACUAUACGCAUAUGGAAAGGUGAUGAUGAAUCUGGGGAGUUUAAAACUAUUUACUUGGUGCGUAAACACAAAUCAUCAAUUACAUCAGUUAAUAUACAUCCGAUACAAGACUUUUUUGCAUCUUCCGGAAAGGAUAAGUGCUGUGCCAUUCACGACAUAGAUUCUGGACUUACUAUACAAAGUAUAGGAGACUUAUCCAACGAUAUUAACAAGGUCGAAUUUCAUCCAGACGGGCUAAUCCUGGCCGGUGCGGAUGAUGAGGGAUUUAUUGUCAUUUGGGAUCUUCGAAGCAGGAAAUUUAAGGAACCAAUAAAGGCACAUGAUGCCAAAUGCACAUCUAUCGCUUUCAGUGAAAAUGGAUACUAUUUAGCUUCUUGUGGCCACGAUUAUACAGUGGCUCUUUGGGAUUUGAGGAAAUCUGCCAGUUUUCAGAAACUAGAGCUUAAGACUCAGCCGAGCAAAAUUGUAUUUGAUUACUCUGGUAAUUAUUUGAGUGUUGCCACAAAUGAGGAAGUACAGGUUUACAAUUUCGCAUCUAAGGCAAAUGCCACCCUUGUUGCUACUAUGCAUGGACACUCGGAUAUUGUUACUGAUAUCACUUUUGGUCCUGGAGCUGGCUAUUUGUUAUCAACGUGCUUGGACAAGACCAUGAGACUUUGGGAAUGA